AUGCUCUAUAUCACCCAUAGGUAUCAUCUGUUGAUCAAGGGAAAAGCAUGGCGCCCUUCUCAAGCCUCCGCGCCACCCUUAGCAUAUCCCCCUGCUCCAGCAUUCACGGAGGCAAAUGCGCCGCCAGGCUCGCAAACUGGCCGUGUCUUUGUUGUGACUGGUGGAAUUGCGGGUGUUGGGCUUGAACCAUGCAGGAUUCUCUACGCGAGCGGAGCAACUGUAUAUAUGGCGUCUCGGUCCCAGACCAAAGCAGAAGCAGUCAUCAAAUCGAUUACCAAGGCGUCAAAAUCCAAGGUUACGAGUGGCAAACUGAAGUUCUUGCAUCUGGAUCUGAACGACCUCUUGGUCGUCAAGGCUGUAGCGAAACGCUUUUCCCAGCAGGAAGAUAAGCUAGAUGUGCUGUGGAACAAUGCCGGCACCGGAGCUAAUAUGGUCACGAUCGGCCAACGCACAGUCCAAGACUUCGAGCCCAUGAUAGGAAUGCAUUGCAUUGCGACACUUCUCUUCACUAAACUUCUUCUCCCACAGCUGCGGGCUGCCGACACUUCUGACGAGAGCGGGAAGACUCGUGUGGCAUGGACGCCGAGCGCUCUGGUGAAGGCGGGCUCACCACCCAACGGUCUGGAUUUCGACCUGUUGGACAAAGGAACAAAUAGACGCACCGAUAACUACGGGACGUCCAAAGCGGGCACCUGGAUCCUCAGCCGGGAAAUUGCUCGUCGAUAUGCCAAGAACGGAAUCGUCAGUUUCCUGGGUGAUGAAAUCUGCGGCGCGUACACAGAGCUUUAUGCUGGAUUUUCUUCCGAUAUCACGCUGGAAAGCAGCGGUUCGUACAUCAUUCCCUGGGGCCGGAUCCGCCCCAACGAGGCUACUCCGCGACAGAACCUCAUUAAGUCUGGCGAUCCAAGGAGGAAGGGGCCUAGACUAUGGGAACAAGCUCUGGGCCUGGUGUGA